UUAGACACAGUACACAGUACAAUACUGGCUACUGCCUACUGCAAGUCUGCAAAGAGUGCAAAGCGCAGAGUGCAGACUGCAAUUCUGUUGCACAGUCUACUUAGGCCACAGACGACAGACGACACGGACAACCACUCCUACCAAAUUCUCUGGUGUAUUAUUACAGAGGUUAAUGGUUGGCAAUAUAAUAAUAGUGUAUUAAUAAUACAGUAUUGUUAUCUAUUGUUAUUCUAUGGUAAUACAAACACACAAAUAACAUAUUAUUGAAUAAAAUAAUUUUCCGCUAUAUAUUGAGGUAUUUGUUGUAAGAUUGCUGUUUUUGUUUUUUGUUAAGUGAUUGGCAAAUUCACAAUUUACUGAAAAAUGGCCGGAUAUGUUGAACACUUGUCUGAUGUGAUGGACACUUUGUCAAUUAACGAUGACCACUGGAAUGAACUUGAGUUAGAUGAAAAUAUUCGAACACAGUUAAAGGAAAUUGAAAAUGAUUAUGAAAGCAUUUUCUCAUGGGACAUUCAACGACUAACGGGAUGCAAUCAAAACCUUUUGGUUAACAUCAUUGAUAAGGUUCGAGAAAAGCUAGAAAUGGUCAUAGACAAAGACAAUGAAUUCAAUUUAAAUAGGUUUUAUUUGCAACUAAUAGUUAUUUAUGAACUUUAUAUUAAAAAAAGUUAUAAGGAAUCAUAUUUGGAAAUUGAAAACGUUGUUAAAUUUCUGGAAAUGUGUAAAUUUGAUGAAUCAAACGAACACUACUCUAAUGCUUAUUAUCAUAUUGCUCAUGCCACCAUUGCUUAUAUUGCAUUAUCAUUGAAAAUUGAUUCAGAAAAGUCAUUAAAAAAUGUUAAACAAAUAACAAGUUUUAAUCGAGCUGAGAAAGCAGCAGUUUGUGCAGUUAAAGCUAGAAUUUUUAUGGAGUAUCCACCUAAAGGAAAUGAUAUAGCUUUAAAAUUUGCUGAUCAAGCCCGCACUCUUCAUUCUACUGAACCCGAAUGGAUAGUAAUUUGGCUAAAAGCCAAAGGACGAGUAAGACGUUACUAUGAACAAUAUAAAAUGCCAGAAAAUGAUGAAAUAAAUGCUGCAGAAAUGUUAUGCUCUACUAAAACUAAGGCUCGACUCUUAAUUCAAGCUUCUAAACUUUACAUGGAAGUAGCAUUUAUUAAUAAAUUAAAAAAUAACAAAGAAGAAUCAAAUAAAUAUUAUAAGAUUUCAUCUGAUAUUACUGAAAAAUCAGUUGAAUUAGCCAAAGAUGACACAAAACAGCUUUAUUCUUGUUUAUUGACAUGUAUUGAUUAUCCUAAAGAGUUUUUGUUAAAACCUAUGAUAGAGAAUUUAAUUACAAAACUAACAAAUGUUAAAAAUAGUCGUGUGGAUCAAGUUCUCGGAAAAUAUUAUUUAAAAAAUGAAAAAGAUUAUGAAAAAGCAAAAAUGUAUUUAUCUCGUGGAAUGGCUGCUGGUCAUUUUAGUAGUUCAUUGCAGUUAAUAAAAGUAGAGUGCCUGUUACAACCUGUUGAUAAAUUUCCUCUUGUUCAAACAUUAAAAAUGAUGUAUGAUGUUUUUCCAAGCCCAAAAAGAAGGCUUAUUAUUUUAUCACAAAUAUUGAUUUAUUACAAUUACUGUGAAAAUAAUCCUAAAGAGUUUUUACGCUACUUAAAAAUGUAUAUUGAUCAAGAUAUUGAAGAUACAUUUAAAAAACGUCAUUUAAUUUUUGCUUAUCCAUUAUUUAAGGUAAACGGAUUCAGAAACAAACAAUUUUUAAAUGCUCUUUCUAUUACAGUAAAAGAAUUAGUUAACAAUCAUAAGUGGAGUUUAGAAGAAAAAAAAACAAUACACAAUACAUUUGAUCGAUUCAUUCAAAUAUCAAAAUUACAUUUUUAUGACAGUCAUUUCAAUGAUGAUAAUAAAACUUCUUUUCACAAUAAAAAUGAAGCCAAAAAGUAUCCUUAUAAUAAAUCAUAUAAUAAUAAUAAAAGUGAAUUUCGGCAAAAACUAAAGGUCGAUUUCUCAGAAAAUAAGUCUAAUAGCAGUCAUCAACACCAGUUUGCUUCAAAAGAUAUAAAUAAAAAUAAGUAUUUAAAAAAACACAGUGCUUUAGUUACAGAACCAUUAACAAAUCAACAUAAAUUAAUUGAUAACAAUUUUAAAUUAUCUGUAAAAACCUCUAUUGAUUCAAUGAAAAGCUUGAACAAUUCAGAUAAUAUUAAGACAAAACUAAAGAAGUUUGAAAAUAAAUUUAGUUCUUCGGACAAUUUACAUGUUGUGUCAUUAGAAAACAACCCUUUCAAAACUCCAUUUAAAAAUCAAAUACAUAAUAGAGGUAAUAAUAGAUAUAAAGAAUCUAAAUCAAGUUGGCGAACUAAGCAAGAUGCUUCUCAUGAUCAAAACAGUUUUGAAAUAUUUCAUGGUAUUAAUUCUCAACGCUCUCGAGGAUAUAAAAAUGUACACUUGGAAAACCAAAAAGCUGGAAACCCAAGAAAUGAAUUGGACAAUCAUUCACUAUCUGGUGGAUCAUAUAAAGAUAUUGAUGAUUUAGUUUAAAUUAAAUUUAUUAUUCAAAACUAAAAUUGAUUUUGAUAUUUGCAUAAAAAUGAUUUAUAUUUUAU